AUGAGGGGCCCAUGCUGCGCCCCGCUGUUGCUCCUGCUGCUGCUUUCGCCGCUGCUGCUCACGCCCCGCGCCGGGGACGCCGCCGUCAUCACCGGGGCUUGCGACAAGGACCCCCAGUGUGGUGGAGGCAUGUGCUGUGCUGUUAGUAUCUGGGUUAAGAGCAUAAGGAUUUGCACACCUAUGGGCAAAGUGGGAGACAGCUGCCAUCCAUUGACUCGUAAAAACCAUUUUGGAAAUGGGAGGCAGGAAAGAAGAAACAGGAAGAGAAGAAAAAGGAAAAAGGAGGUUCCAUAUUUUGGGCGGCGAAUGCAUCACACAUGUCCGUGUCUGCCUGGCUUAGCCUGUUUACGGGCUUCAUUCAACCGAUUUGUUUGUUUAGCCCGAAAGUAA